UGGGUGCGCUCGGGCCGGGCCGUUAGGAGCGGCGGGGCCGAGCGGGCCGAGCCUGGAGCGGCGGUCCCGAUGGCAUCCAACUAUAGAAAACCUGGCUUAGGUACAGCCCAGCGGAAGAAAAGUGGCUUGAAACCUGAACUUACAGAAGACCAAAAGCAGGAGAUCAGAGAAGCUUUCGAUUUGUUUGAUACUGAUGGAUCUGGAAGCAUCGACAUAAAAGAACUGAAGGUUGCGAUGCGCGCUUUAGGCUUUGAGCCAAAGAAGGAAGAAAUUAAGAAAAUGAUAGCAGAUAUUGACAAAGAAGGAAGCGGCACCAUUGACUUUGAAGACUUUUUGGCUAUGAUGACGCAAAAAAUGAGUGAAAAGGAUUCAAAAGAAGAAAUCUUGAAAGCUUUCAGAUUAUUUGAUGAUGAUGGGACAGGAAAAAUUUCAUUCAAAAACUUGAAAAGGGUUGCCAAGGAGCUGGGAGAAAAUUUAACAGAUGAAGAGCUUCAGGAAAUGAUUGAUGAAGCUGAUCGAGAUGGAGAUGGAGAAGUAAGUGAGCAAGAAUUUUUGAGGAUCAUGAAGAAAACUAGCUUAUAUUAGUACUUGUUGCCUUGCUAUACAGCUGCUCCAAAAGAUAACCUGGAAAAGACUUAAAAACUGGGCUUGCGUCUCCUGUGUACUUUUUGCCAUAUAAAGAUCUGAAAGGACAGAUUUUUGGUUCAUUCUUCUUUUUCAACAAAGUUAAUUGGGAAAGGGAGGCUUCAGUACCCAGAACAGUUAAAAUGAGAUAUUGCAGAAGUGAAAAGGAUGAACUGAACCUGCAAGACAGGGUCCCUUCCCCUCCCCCUCAAUAAUUUCACUGAUUGCCAUUUUGGAUAAUGAAUGCUGUGUUUCAGCUAUUUAACUAAAAGGCAUUUCACUUGAGAUGUGAAGAUUACCACUGCUGCUGGUAAAGGCCUCUUCUGACUUUCCUAAGGCUACAGAACAAAGGUACAAGCACAGUAUUUUUAUUUCUUUUAAGGCUUUUAGGUUAUCUUUUGGUAUUUAUCUCCUUUUGUUUAUUUCCAUGAAAGACUCUAAAACCAAUUGCAUAUCUGUCUUCAUUUCUGUAUGAAACACUUUUCCCAUGGCAAGUUGUUUUGGGACCUAAUGGGAAGCAAGUGUAGAUAACCAGAUUUGGUUCUUCAUUUGGAACUGUGUGCCAUCAGUAGAUGUUCCUCUGUUUAUCUGACCAUCUGAAACCUAGUUUACUUGAAUGUAACCUGCUUGGAUUAUCGAAGUUUAUCGUAUGACCAGUCAACAUCCCGAGCCAUUGUUCUCAUUCCCAAGACAUAACAGAGCUGCUGUUACGCCAGGAUUUUAGGUAUCUAAAAAGUUCAGUUCUGUGGCACACUAGAGUACAUGUUGUCUUUGGCUAUUUACAGUUAAGCUGCAGGGAGGACUCACAUC